AUGAGUUUGGGUUGGCUGACAGAAAGUUCCUUAAUCCCAAAGGAGCCCAAAGAGAUUGGCGGUGUCAGCACUUCGUCUCUGCUCAACUUGCAAGCCGUCGUCUACGACCGUGAGCAGCGUGGAAACGUGCCUUCUGCAAAACGGCGGAAGGCCGUGGCCGAAGCAAAGGCUCGAAAUGAUGGUGUGGACGCACGCAAUGCUCGGGAUGAGCAGCAGCAGGACGCAAAAGAAAGGCCUGACCUAGUACGGACACGACUGGAGGAGAAAGCCAAGAGGUACGAUGCCCUUGCUUCCGGUGCAGCGGGAACAGACAAGGAUGAGCCUCUUGUCGACUUCGACAGAAAGCGAGCACAGGGGCUGCUGCCACCAGCCAAGGAAUUGGAGAACUCAACACCAGCGCAGGAGAAUCAUGAAGUCUGCUCGAGUGAACCAGCAAUCCCAACUGCGAAGCAAACUGCUGGUCCUCUGUGGGCAUCGCCCAAGAAGCCAAUCCCUGUCCAGACAGAGUUCAGGACCCAUUUCGGACACUGGCAGCAUGGAAAGUGCCUCCGCUUCCAACCCAGCCGCUUUGUUGGGCCCUGGGAGCGUGCCAAUGACAUGCGUCCAGUUACAGCAGACUAUGGUUUGCUCUCCCGAAGCGGCAGUGCAGUAGCUACUGCAAUCCAUGGGACUGGAUGGCAGCAGCAGGGACUUAAGAGCUCGGACUCGACGUUCUCAUCUCGACGGCCUUCCAAUGGCAGUCUGUUUUCUGAUCGCGGAUCUGAGGAGGAUGAUGUUUUGGAUCCUGCGGCGAUGUACUGCACCAGCAGCGAACACUAUGGGAAAGGCAGCCUUCCAUCCUGGGUUAACGAUAAGAAGUGUGCCAAGCCAAUGUCGCCUGAGGCGUCAUUUGCAAGUAGCAUGAUCAAAUGUGGCAUUCCCUUCGAUGCUUCCAUCCGCUUCAACAAAGCUGGCGACCUGAGCGACGUCCGCUGA